AUGCGUCUCGCUAAGCGCGACAGCUUCAUUGGUAUCAGCAUCAACACCGGAGUCUAUGCAAACACUGUUGCUCAGUCUGCGGAAAAUUUUUGCUUCCUGAUCUCAGGAUACCACACCAUCACCGAUUACAUGAACGCCUUGAACUCUGGCAACAUGGCAAACGUUAUCCAGCUUCUCCUGGGUCCCGCUAUUUUUAUCGGAAUAUGCCUGAUCUUGCUGAUCCUCACGGUUGUUUUGACGAUGUAUGAGGGCAAAGCUGAUUUCAAGUUUGUGAUCCAACCGAAAAAUAGACGUGGUGGAUAUCCGUCCAAGAAAAUCACCAUGUACAACGUAUCCGUGAGUGCCGGAGCUGUCCUCAUCUUGGGACUGUCAUUCACUCUCUGGGUGAGCAACACCACGAUCGGUCCGGCCUACGGAGACUUUGGGUCCGGCUUUGAUGGCCUGCUUGGGGCAGUUACCAACCUCAUAUCGAGCUUGAACACCCAGCUGCAAGCCGUUGGCCCUGGAAUCACCGCGGCGCUUGUGGCGCUCCCGGCCAAAAUCCAAACCGUCACCUUGGCCAGUGCAACAUACUACAACAAUCAACUCUGCACUCCGGCGGUUACGUUGGCGCAAACCAGUGCUAGCAACUAUGCGAGUGCAGUCUCGCAGAUGCUGAGCCAAGCGACGAGCGUGAGAGCCCUUGCAACGCAGAACAGCGACACAAACACUGUAAAUAGCAUGAAUCAGCUGUUGCAAAACAUCCAGGCCAUCAACAGCACCAAGGUAACCGUGUGGGGCACAGACGCGGCCAAUUUACUCAACCAGCUGCCCUCCACCAUGUCCAAUGGCGUUGUGAGUGCCUCGUCCAGCGUUGGAUCCUCGGUAUCGAUCGACACCAGCUCCGUCAAUCUCAACAGUCUCACCAGCAUGGUCUCGUACCGGGUCCAGCCGUCGAUGAACCAAUACCAAUCCUACUGGCAGUAUCGAGACUACGUCACCAAGGCCGAAAUCCUGAUCGUUGUGGCGCCGAUGUUUAUGAGUCUGAUCGCCCUUGUGCUCAAACAACGCAAGAUACUCGCUCCUAUUCCGUUCAUUUGUGCUUUCUUUGCAGCGCUCUACUGGCUUCAGGCCAUUAUCUACUUUGUUUUGGGAUUCCCGCUCACGGAAGCCUGCCGCGAUGUCAUGUCGAACUACAUCGGCACGACACAGCUGUUUACGUUUUCGGGGCACACUAUCCAUGUCCUUGGCUCGCAGAUUCUUUCGAAUUGCCAGGCUGGCCAGUCGCUCGUCAACAUGACUCUGGGAAUCAGCGCCAGCGACUCGCUCGGCGGCAUAGUCGGCAAUACUGCUCUAGUGAGCGGAAACGCCCAGGCGAUCGCCAGCUAUGUCGGGGGUCUUUCGGCUGUCGCCAGCGUCACGACUUCGGUCAACUCGUCCCUCUCGUCGAGUGCGACGAACGUGCAGAAUUCCAUCAGCGGCGAGCUCUCAAACUCAAACUACAUCAGCCUGACGAGUCCGGUGACAUCCAUGGAUCUGACGGCAGUGAUUGCAGCUUCCAGCUCCAGCGCCGUCAAGACCCAGCUGCUUGUGCUUCAGACCUACCAGACCAACCUGGCCCAAACUGUCACGGCCCUCACUGCAAGCGCCAGCCAGCUCAACGGCACCAUUGCCAAGAUGUUUUCGAUGGUCUCGACUGAGAUGCAGGGAAAUUUCAGCGUCAUAUUGUCGAACAGUUUGCUCACUGCAACGCUGCCGCUGAUCCAAGCCGGCUCAUGCAGCUCUGUUGCCGGACAAGUCUCGACCCUGUUAAACGCCAUGUGUUCCGAAGCCAAGGGCGGGGCCAACUCUCUCUGGUUCAUAUUCUUCCUCCUGGCUCUUGCUCUGGAUAUCUUCUACAUCAUCGUGAUGAAGGCCCGAAAGCGCAUAGGGUCUCCGCGACAUUCAGUAAAGCCUUCGGCAGACACCAAUCCGGACGGGGACGAUCUCCAUGAUACCAAAUCGCGGCCGCAAACCCAGGAUAACUUUGGUCCGCCGGGUGGAAUGGGUCAAGGCGUGUAUGUCAAUGUGAUUGUGCCUGCCGGUGCCCAGAUUGUCACGGGACCUGCAGGUGGACCGCAAAACAAGUUUGGCUACACUCCGCAGCCGAUUAUCCAGGACACCAAAAUCGCUACGGCUGAAGAAUACUAG